AUGCCGUCGAUAACAAAACCCAAAAAGCCGACAUCGAAGCGCACCCCCACGCGCCUCAGGAACAAGAUCCAGAAGGCCUCGGCCGCGAAGCAGAGAAAGACGAGAAAGCUCGCCAAGAAGAACCCAGAAUGGCGCUCCAAGCUCAAGAAGGACCCCGGUAUCCCCAACCUUUUCCCCUACAAGGAGAAGCUGUUGAACCAGAUCGAGGAGGACCGCAUCCGGAGAAAGGAGCAGGAACAGAAGCGUCGUGAGAUGGCCAAGGCGGCCAAGACCGGCCAGGACACCAAGACCGACGCUGACGGCGAUGUCGAGCAGUUCGAUGACGACCUGAUGGACGAGGACGAUGCUAUGGAGGAGGACGGCAGUGAGGACGAGUCGAACCCCCUUGCUGCCCUGGUUGCCAGCGCCAGGAAAGCUGCCGAGAAGUACGACCGCGAGCUCCAGAGCGGCGAUGAGAUGGACGAUGACGAUGAGUCCGACGACGAGUCCAAUGGCGAAACCACACAGUCCGGCGUUAUCGAGGUUCCCGGCGGUGCCUCCUCGCGCAAGGCCUUCGACAAGGUCUUCAAGCAGGUCGUCGAGCAGGCUGAUGUCAUCCUUUACGUCCUCGACGCCCGCGACCCCGAGGGCACCCGCUCGAGGGACGUCGAGCGUGCCGUCAUGGCUGCUGCCCACGGUGGCAAGCGUCUUAUCCUCAUCCUCAACAAGGUCGAUCUGAUCCCUCCCGCGGUCCUCCGCGGCUGGCUCACCCACCUGCGCCGCUACUUCCCCACGCUGCCGCUGCGCGCCUCCAACCCUGCUCCCAACGCCCACACCUUCCAGCACCGCGACAUCACCGUCCAGAGCACCAGUGCGGCUCUCUUCCGUGCGCUCAAGUCGUACGCCGUCUCGCGCAACCUCAAGCGCUCCAUCCAGGUCGGCGUCAUUGGCUACCCCAACGUGGGCAAGUCAUCCGUCAUCAACGCCCUGCUCUCCCGCCUCAGCAACAGCCGUGGCCAGCACAACGCCUGCCCGGCCGGUGCCGAGGCCGGUGUCACCACCUCGAUCCGCCAGGUCAAGAUCGACAGCAAGCUUACCUUGCUCGACUCGCCCGGUAUCGUCUUCCCUUCCACCGCCGGCAACUCGACCUUCACGCCCAAGAACCAGACCGAGGCGCACGCCCACCUGGUGCUCCUCAACGCCAUCCCGCCCAAGCAGAUCGAGGACCCCGUCCCCGCCGUGACGCUGCUGCUCAAGCGCCUGUCACACAGCUCCGAGCUGAUGGAGAAGAUGAUGAAGGUGUACGAUCUCCCUCCUCUUCUCCGCGACCCCAAGAACGGCGAUCCCACCAUGGACUUCCUCGUCCAGGUGGCCCGCAAGCGCGGCAGGCUCGGACGUGGUGGUAUCCCCAACAUCCAGGCCGCUGCCAUGACUGUCGUGACCGACUGGCGCGAUGGCCGUAUCCAGGGCUGGAACGACGCUCCCGUCUUGGCCGUGGCUGGUACCGCCACUGCUACUGCUCCUGCUGCUAGCGGUAAGCCUGCUGGCGCUGAGGAGGUGCCAGCGGAUCAGAAGGUGAUCGUGACCGAGUGGGCCAAGGAGUUCAAGCUGGAGGGUCUCUGGGGAGACGAGGAGGAGACGGCGACUCCCGAUGUUGAGAUGCAGUAA